CCAUGGCUUCAUAAGAACAAGAGAGAGAGAGAGAGGGAGAGAGAGAGGGAGGGGGAGAGAGGGAGGGGAAGGGAUUACGCAUACUAUUCUUGUUUUCGCCGAGAAAGAUGGGGAGCAUCGAUGGAUGGAUUUCGCCGUCUCAGGCAGCGCAAUUUGCGGAACCUCAGUACGAAAACGCGAAGAUUUCGGUAUGGUGGGAUAUCGAGAAUUGUGAAGUUCCAAAGAAGUCAGAUCCUCAUUGUAUAGCUCAAAAUGUAAGUUCGGCUCUCGUUAAGAUGAAAUACUGUGGUCCUGUUUCCACCAUAUCCUCUUAUGGAGACACGACUCGCUUACCAUCAUCAGUUCAACAAGCACUCAACAGCACUGGCAUCUCCCUAAACCACGUCCCUGCUGGUGCCAAAGAUGCUAGUGACAAGAAGAUUUUGGUGGAUAUGUUAUUAUGGGCUGUGGAUAAUCCUGCUCCUGCUAAUUAUUUGUUAAUUUCUGGUGAUCGUGACUUCUCCAAUGCACUGCAUCAGUUGCGAAUGAGGAGAUACAACAUUAUCCUCGCACAACCGAAGAAUGCAUCAGCCCCGCUCGUUGCUGCUGCGAGAAGUGUGUGGCUGUGGACAACUCUUUGUGAUGGCGGCCCGCCUCUAUCAAAGGAUGAAGCAAAUCAGAUAGUCAAGGCUCAAUCAAACUCCUCCUCUGUUACGGAUACACCAAAAAAUUAUCCUUCAGAUUCUACGUUUGAUGGAUCCAAACCUAGUAUGGAUAGUUUUUCAAAUAAUGGAAGAACGUCGGAAAUUAAACAGAAAGGGAAUCAGAGUAUGAUGAAUAAUGGCUCCCAAUCAAGUGUACCUGAUUGUUUGUCUAAUGAUGGAAAAACAUUUGAUACUAAACAGAAAGGGAAGCAGAUUGAUGGAUCCCAAUCGAGUUCAGAUAGUAUGUCAAAUGAUGGAGGGACAUUCGAUACCAAACAGAAAGGGAUGCAGAGUAAGUUGAAUAAUGGCUCCCAAGCGAGUACUGAUAAUUUGUCAAAUCAUGGAAGACCAUUUGAUACCAAACAGAAGGGGAAGGUGAGUAAUGGCUCCCAAUCGGGUACGGAUAGUUUGCCAAAUGAUGGUAAAACAUCCAAUAUCAAACAGAAUGGGAAGCAGAGUUGGAAGAAUUCAGGAGGCCAAAAAGGUACUCCAGUAAGGGUCCAAGAUUCUAAAACCAAUAUUAAGAAGCAGUCCAAAAAUCCUAAGGACUUUAUUCACCCGAAAGUACAUCCCACUCAGAAUUUCACGUCAGGAAAUUCUGACCUUCCAUCGAUCAACAACAACAAUAAUCAAACCCCACUCCAGAAUCAUUUUCAUCGCAACGUGGGGCCAAAUAACAUCAAUACACCACUAAGCUACUCCUCGCACCCCGAUCCUUUCACGAAUGCCAGACCUUUCGUGCCAAACUUUACUCAUGGGCCUCAAAUAAGUAUGCCUGAAGUUGGCAGACUAAAUAUUCCUGGAAGUCCUAGAAGACCUAAUUUCCAAUCACAUAGUGAAUCAAAGCCACUACACAACAAUUUUAACCAGAGUUCAAGUCAUGCAAAUGUACCUUACCCUCAAAAUAGACCUGUUAUGCAUGACACAUCUUUUAAACACGAUUCACCAAAAAAGAACAUCCAUCAGAAUGGUCCAGAACAACGACCAUCACCUUCUGCAUCAACUGAUGGCAAUAUUGUCUGGGGCACUUUUGAAUCCGCAAAACCUUCUGAAUAUGUCAUGGGACAAAUUGGUGUUAUCUUGCUUGCUUUGAACACGCUAAAGACCGAAAAGAUUAUGCCAACUGAAUCAAACCUAGCUGAUUGUAUCCGCUAUGGAGAUUCUAGACACCGAAAUACUGAUGUUAAGAAAGCCAUAGAGAGUGCUUUCGAUCUGCAGUUUGUUGUAAAGCAGAGUUUAGGUGCUUUGCAAUUGUAUGUUGGUAAGAAUGAUAAAUUAUGGGACUGUGUGAAUAUAUGGGUAGUCAAGAAGUAUCCAAAAUCAACCUGGAACAUGGUCAGGAAAUUUCUGUUAUCCUCUGAUGGAAGAUCAGCAAUAAUGGCUUCUGAAUGCAAGUAUGAAGCUGCUACUAUAAUCAAAAGGUUGUGCGUGAAAGAUCUUGUUCUUGGUGAGAUACUUCACAUUGUACAUAUAAUGGUCCAUGGAAAGAAGUGGAUCACGCAUAAUCCAUCUGGAUGGCAGCCUGUUAACAUUCAACUUGAGGAGAAUAGUCAGAAAGCACCUGACAAAGAAGGUGCACAAGCUUAAUUUUAAUUACUACUUAUAAUAACCAGGGAAGUAAGUUGGUACACGGCGGUUUGGAUGUGGAAAUUUAGUCAUUAAGUAGUAGGAUUAGCGUAUCUGAGGCCCUUUCUUCUCCAUAAAUAAUGUUUCUACCUUUAGUAGACACCUGGAGUUGACUGAGAAGAUCUCAGCUAAGAUUAAAUGCAAAAUAAGAAGAAAAAAACAAAAAAAGGACGGAUGUUGGUUGGAAUAGCUCUCAGCUAUAUUUCUAAAUAUAUGGCUGAACUUUGAAGAAUCUUUUGAUCUGUUGAAAUGAUUUCUCCAAUGGGUAGUUGAGGAGAAUCAUUAAAUUGAUGGAUAAUGAUUUCUUCAACAUUGAAGUUGACUGGAGUAUGAUAAUGUUAAACAUUAUCGCCCAAUUGUUAUACUAUAGAAUGGGAAAUCGUAGGGAAAAAAGUUUUUUUCCAUACAUAUUCCUAUUGUUGUUGUUGUUUGUUGAUGAAGUAUUGGCCCUUGGUUGGUAUUGGAGUGUCGGGUUGCUGCUGCAGUGAGUGAGGAGAAACUGUAACCAAUAUGAUGCCCUGAAUGGAAUUUUAUGUUGUGAAGCUAAUGAUGUUAUUAGGAGAAACUGUAACCGAUAAAGCAGUUCAUGGAAGUUUGUCGGCGACUUGAUUUUCAGAUGCGAUGAAUCAGAAUUUUCUUGGUUACGCUUCAGAAUAUGCCUCAUAUCCAAGGUAAGGGCGUUUGUACGCUUGUGUUAUGUAGGUGAAGUAUUUUGUUUGUACCUUUUAAUUUCAUGUCAAUGUGUUUUAUGAAUUGAAUCUUCUGGCUUGUUGUUAUUUAUUUACCUUAUGUGAAGUUGUUAAGGGAUUUCUAUAUGUACCCUUUUGAAUACAUUUCCUGAAUGAAAUGAUUGCAGUUUCCAAAUGGUAUAUGUCUCUUCUUGGU